AUGACGCGGAUCAAGAUGCAAGAGGGCCAGGCCGAGCUGCCCACCCGCGAGAGCACCCACUCGUACUGGCACCACGACCCGUCGCCGGCGCUGCUCGGCCACCGCACCACCGACAAGCUCCCCGCCGAGGCCGACGUCGUCGUCGUCGGCAGCGGCAUCACCGGCGCCUUUGCCGCGCGGGAGCUCGUCGACGGCGGGCGGGACGUGCUCAUGCUCGAGGCGCGCGAGGCGUGCUGGGGCGCCACCGGACGGAACGGCGGCCACUGCCACCCGCUCGUCUUCCUGAGCAAGCCCACCAUUGCCCAGUUUGAGCUCGACAACUACUUCUUCCUGCGGGACCUGGUCCGCGCGCACGACGUGCCGUGCGACUGGCGCUCCGUCGGCGCCGUCUGCCGGCUGUCCACGGAGGCGCAGGCGCGCGCCGCGGAGGAGAGCGUGCGGCUGCUGCGAAGGCACCACCCGGCGCUGGCGGACAAGGCGGUGUUCGUGGAGGACCCGGCGGAGCUGCGCCGGCUGCGCGUGCCGGGGGCAAGGGCGGCGGUGGUGCACCCAAACGCGGCGAGCCUGUGGCCGUACAAGCUGGUGGCCUGGGUCCUGGAGACGCUACUGGGGCGGAACGAGGAGGCGCAGCGGCUGCGGUUCAAUCUGCAGACGGACACGCCGGUGAUGAGGCUGCAGAGGUUGGAGGGUGGCGACGGCGGCGGCUCGUGGGUGCUGCACACGACGCGUGGGCAGGUGGUGGCGAGGCAGGUGCUGCUGGCGACGAACGGGUACACGUCGAGGCUGCUGCCGGAGAUGACGGAUCUGAUCCGCCCGACUCGCGGGCAGGUCGCCGCGUUCCGGCCGCCGCCGCCGUCUGGGGACGCGGGGCCGCUGGAGCACACGUACAUCUGGAGCACGCCCGACGACGCGGAUGACUACCUCGCGCAGCGCGACGAUGGGCUGCUGAUCAUCGGCGGUGAGCGCUCCGGCGACGCCGCCACCCGCAGCCAGACCUCCCGCGACGACGUCGUCGAUCCGGACAUCAGCGCCCGUCUGCGAAGAUCCCUGCAUGGCGUCCUCUCUCUACAGCCCGAGGAGUUGCCGCCGGCGACGUACGAGUGGACGGGCAUCAUGGGCUACUCGCGCGACGGGCACCCGUGGGUGGGCGCGGUGCCGGAUGCGCUGGGCGGCGGCGAGGGCUUGUUCAUCAGUGCGGGCUACACGGGCCACGGGAUGCCGGCGGCGUCGCGCAGCGGCGUGGCGGUGGCGCGCAGGAUGAUGGGCAGGGGCGACGUGGUGGGUGGGCUGCCGAGGGAGUUUGAGGUCUCGGAGGAGAGGGCGCGGCAGGCGGAGCGGACGACGCUCCCAAGGACGCUGGAGGAGGAGAUUCGGAUGAACACGUUCUGGAUCCAGGAGCAGCGAGAGGAGACGUGGUGA